AUGACGACUCCUACCAACAUUGAUCCCAAGGAUGCUCAAGCAUAUUGGGCCAAAUAUCAAGGGGACAGUUAUCUUAAGGGCUGGGCCUCCCUCUGGGACAAAGGUGAUAAUUUACCCUGGGAUCGUGGCUUCCCCAACCCCGCGCUAGAGGACACCCUGGUCCAGCGAGCUGGCACCAUUGGCGGGCCCAUCGCCCAGGACGGUGAGAGGCGGAAGGCCCUAGUGCCGGGCUGUGGACGUGGAGUCGACGUGCUCUUAUUCGCGAGCUUUGGGUAUGACGCCUAUGGCCUGGAGUGCAGCGCCGCGGCCGUCGAAGCGUGCAAGAAGGAGGAGAAGGUGAACAGUAGCCGGUACCGCGUGCGAGAUGAGAAAGCUGGCAAAGGGAAGGUCACUUUCGUCCAGGGGGAUUUCUUUGAUGAUACCUGGUUGAAGGAAAUUGGAUUUUUCUGUGCUCUGAACCCAGAGCUCCGUCCUAAAUGGGCUCUGCGACACACCGAGCUCCUUGCUCCCUUCCCUGCAGGCAACCUGAUCUGUUUGGAAUCUCCUCGUCAUAAGGAUCCCUUGGCCCCCGGCCCUCCAUUUGCCUCUCCUUCCGAGGCCUACAUGGAGCAUCUGAGCCACCCCGGUGAGAAGAUCUCCUACAACAAUAAGGGUCUUGUCGACGCGGACCCGUUGCGAGAGCCCAGCAAGGCGGGCCUGGAGAGAGUGGCGUACUGGCAGCCAGAGCGCACACACACUGUGGGCAAGGAUAAGAAUGGGUUGAUCCACGACAGAGUCUCUAUUUGGCGUCGACGUGUCUAG